AUGCAGAAGCGGAGAUGCAAGGCGGUCGGGUUGACGAGGAAGAUACUAUCAUUCGCCAUAUGCACAAUAGCGAUGAUGGCACUCCUCUCCGUUCACUUGCGCAUGUUCCUUCCUUACUCUAAGCUCCCUGAUCCUUACAGGCUUCCUCAUCCCCAAAUUGAAAUCAGAGACAAGAGAUUGGGCAAAGGGCAAGAACAGAGCUGGACAAGUGAGAUUACUGCUCCCAUUGUAUACAAAGGCCCUCUCUCAUCCCACCAGUGUUCUAAUCGGAAUCCGAAUUGUAAAAAGCUAUGGAAGCCUCCGCCAAACCGCGAUUAUAUGCCUUGUACUCAACCUAGUCCUAGCUAUACCUCUCCUCCAGAGUCAAGAGGUUACCUUCUAGCACAUACAAAUGGAGGGCUCAACCAGAUGCGAGCUGGGAUAUGUGAUAUGGUAGCAAUUGCACGAAUCAUAAAUGCCACUCUUGUUGUUCCGGAACUAGAUAAAAAGUCAUAUUGGCAAGAUUCCAGCAACUUUUCAGAUGUCUUUGAUGAAGAUCAUUUUAUCAAUGCUCUAGCUAAUGAUGUAAAAGUCAUAAAAAUGCUUCCCAAGGAAAUGGAUGGUGCUACGAAAGCAGUUAAAUAUUUUAAAAGCUGGUCUGGCAUAAACUACUACGAGGAGGAGAUAGCAAGCAUGUGGGUUGAUUAUGAGGUUAUUAGGGCUGCCAAGACUGACUCUCGCCUAGCAAAUAACAAUCUUCCUCCUGACAUUCAGAAGCUGCGUUGUCGUGCCUGUUAUGAAGCUCUCCGUUUUGCACCUCAAAUUGAAGCAAUGGGAAAGUUGUUGGUGGACCGCAUGAGGUCAUAUGGUCCUUAUAUCGCCCUGCACUUACGAUAUGAGAAGGACAUGCUUGCCUUCAGUGGAUGCACUCAUGGUCUGUCUCCUGCUGAAGCAGAUGAACUAAAACAGAUUAGAGAGGCAAAUGAUAACUGGAAAGUGAAGGAUAUUGAUCCCAGGGAGCAGAGAUCUAAAGGUUUUUGCCCCUUGACUCCAAAGGAGGCUGCAAUAUUUCUAUCUGCUCUCGGUUACCCAUCAAAUACCCCUAUAUACAUUGCUGCGGGAGAGAUAUACGGAGGUGAUUCGCAUAUGGGUGAUCUACGAUCCCGAUAUCCUAUGUUAAUGAGCAAGGAAACAUUGGCAUCUAUUGAGGAGCUUGAACCGUUUACCAAUCAUUUGUCUCAGCUGGCUGCGCUUGACUAUAUUGUAUCUGUUGAAAGUGAUGUAUUCAUGGCAACAUACUCUGGAAACAUGGCAAGGGCAGUUGAAGGUCAUCGUCGUUUUCUUGGACAUAGAAGAACAAUUUCCCCAGACAAGAAACCACUUGUUCGUCUGUUUGAUAAAAUUGAGCAGGGAAAACUGAAAGAAGGCAAAUUUUUAUCAGACUGGGUCAUUGAAAGCCACAAAAAGCGACAAGGCUCCCCAAGGAAGAGGAAAGGCCCCAUUUCUGGAACAAAGGGCAUGGAUAGGUUUCGUUCAGAAGAGGCUUUUUAUGUAAAUCCUUUACCAGAAUGUUUAUGUCAGGGGCAAUCCCGGAAUCUGAACACCUCUGUCGGAAUCAGAAGCUCGAAAACACUGGUUAGAGUGGAGGCAAGUAUGGGCGUCUCUUUCCUAUCGACUCUCCCUUCUUUGGUUAAUGUCCCUUCUUUAACCAUCUCUAGUGCUCCUACCAUUAGAUGUCCUUCCCAUGCUGUCGUUGUUCGUUGUAAUAAAACGGACACUCAUGUCAGUGGUGAGAAUGUUUUCCGGCGAAGAGAUCUUUUGAAAUGCUUUGGUGCUACUGUUGGCAUGGAAUUACUAGCUACCUCAGGAUCAUUUGUUGAAAUGGCUAGUGCUGCUGAUUUGAUCCAACGCAGGCAGCGUUCAGAGUUUCAGUCCAGCAUGCGGCAGACCCUUCUCUCAGCUAUUAAGGGCAAACCUGAACUUAUCCCAUGCAUUCUAACUCUGGCUCUGAAUGAUGCUAUUACUUAUGACAAGGCUACAAAAUCUGGGGGCCCAAAUGGAUCAAUACGAUUCAGUUCAGAGAUAAGCAGACCUGAAAAUAUGGGGCUUUCUGCAGCUUUGAAUUUAGUAGAGGAAGCAAAGAAGGAGAUAGAUUCAUAUUCCAAGGGUGGACCCAUCUCCUUUGCAGAUCUUAUCCAGUAUGCAGGACAAAGUGCCAUUAAGGCUACAUUUCUGGCUUCUGCCAUUCGCAAAUGUGGUGGUAAUGAAGAGAAAGGGACCAUAUUAUACUCUGCUUAUGGCUCCAAUGGACAGUGGGGAUUGUUUGAUAAACAAUUCGGAAGGACAGAUACCCAAGAGCCAGAUCCAGAAGGGAGGGUUCCCCAGUGGGAGAAAGCCACAGUCCAGGAGAUGAAAGACAAGUUCUCAUCUAUUGGCUUUGGUCCCCGCCAGCUAGCUGUUAUGUCCGCCUUCUUGGGUCCUGAUCAAGCAGCAACAGAGGCAUUACUGGCAACUGAUCCGGAUGUUGUACCGUGGGUUCAAAAGUACCAACGUAGCCGAGAAACAGUGUCUCAGACAGAUUAUGAGGUCGAUCUGAUAAAUACUCUCACCAAAUUAAGUUCCUUGGGCCAACAAAUCAAUUAUGAAGCAUAUACAUAUCCUGUUCAAAAGAUUGAGUUGAGCAAACUCAAGUUAUAG